AUGUUAACUAUGAACUACAAGAACGCAUACCGCCAAUAUAAUCUUAAGACUAACAAGAACAAUAUAACAGAUGAAUCAUUUUCUAUACAUAAACAUCAACAACAAGAACAUAAGAAAAUUUAUAUACGGAAAAAAUCUGAUGGGUUAAUAUGUCGUAUUUGUGAAGGACCAGCACAUGGUUAUAAUUUCGAUACUAUUUCAUGUGAAUCAUGUAAAGCAUUUUUUCGACGAAAUGCUUUAAGAUCUAAUAGAAAACUUGUAUGUCGAGCUAAUGAUGGUCAAUGUAUUAUAACAGUGACAACACGAAAACAAUGUAAAGCGUGUCGAUUAGCGAAAUGUUUUGAAAAAGGUAUGCGAGCAGAUUGGAUAUUAACAGAUGAAGAACGUAUAAAGAAAAGAUGGAAAGUUGAAGAAAAUCGUCGUCGUCUUCGUCAAAUACUUUGUCCAAAUUCAUUCGAAUCCGAUGAAUCAUCAUACAUUCCAUUGAAAAAUGAACCAUUGGAAAAUCAAGAUAUAAAAUUUUCUCCUGUUCUAUUUCCAAUAGUAUUAUCAUUGGAAGAUUUAAAUAAAAUCAAACAAAUUCAACAAGCAUAUAUAGAUUCUGUUCGUUUAACAUCAUUACCACCAUCAAUUCCUUCAUACCCACAUAUAGUACGAAUAGAUACUCCAUUGGAUAUGUUAAAUUUUCCAGUAAAUAUUCAAGCAUCACGUCUUAUAACGUAUUUUAAACUUCUACCGGAAUUUUCAUCUUUAAAUGACAAUGAUAAAUUAAUUUUAAUUAAAUAUAAUACAUUUACAUUAGUAUUUAUACGUUUAGCAUUAAAUUAUAAUCCAUUAAAUGAUAGUUAUCAUGAACAUGAUACAAAUGAUUGUGCAUUUUCUGGUAGAGAUUUUAUUCAAUGUUUUAGUUUACAUCAAUAUGCUCAAUCAACACGUUCUAUUGUUCGAUUAUUAGAUGCAUCACAAAAUGAUCGUCUUAUAACACAAAUAUUAUUAAUAAUUAUAUUAUUUUCAAAAGGUUCAUCAAUUUGUACAUAUAUAGAUGAAGCUGAACCAAUAGUACAAGAUAUAAUAUCGAUAUAUUAUGCACAAAAUAUUUUCAUUGAUUUAUUAUGGAAAUAUUGUGAAAUGAAAUAUGGUUAUAGGAAAACAAUUCACAUUUGGUUAAAACUUGUUACAUCAUCAAUAGAAACACAUUUACAAGCAUAUAAUAUUCGAUUGAAUUAUGUUAAAAAUGAAUUUAUUGCAGAUCAACUUGUACCACUUAUGAAAUCAGUUACAUUAAUUGUCUAA